AUGAAGAUGUACGUCACCCUGAUGACUGCCUACGGAGUAAGUGCCGGCAUCGAUUUUAAAUUCGGCGGGACCGUUGGAAAUACCAUGGAUGCACACCGGGUCAUCCAGCAUUUCCAAGAAGAGAAAGGCCCCGAGGUGGCCGACAAGAUCGUUCUCUCUCUAUACUCGCAAUAUUUCCAAAACGAGAAACAUCCCUCUACAGACGAGACACUUUUGAAAGCCACCACGGACGCGGGGAUCCCAGAGGAUGAGGCAAAAGCGUUCAUCGAGGACAAGAAUGACGGUCUCAUCGACGUCAAGAAUUUGGUCCGUGAACAGGCCGGCAAUGGUGUGGAUAGUGUGCCAACCAUCGUCUUUGAAGGUAAGAGAAGAGAUAUCACUCUUGUCGGCGCCAAAGAGGUCGAGGAGUAUGAGAAGACACUCGCGGCAAUAGUCAAGGAAAGUAAAUAG